GCGGGGGCAAAAAGUAGACCUCGUCACCACUGGGUCGGCACUUGAGUAAGAGCGAACGCUUCGACUGCAUGACUUGCUCCAUCGGUCUUGUUUGAGCCCAACCAAAGCUCAUUAUAGGCAUUGAAAUCACCGAGAAGAACUACCCCUGAAGCGGGGUGAUUGAUGUUCAGGAAGUCGAUCUUGACGGCGAGGUAUUCAAGAAUCACAGCAUUUCACCAAUGAAUCGGCGUCUAUGCUGCUUAAGGUACUAUGCCAGUGCAGGUCAUAUUAGGCAAACUGCUUAUUUUAUGGGAAUGCAUGCAAGCACAGCCUGCAGAAUUGUUGGGAGGGUAUUAAGAACUAUAGCCAGCUUAUUCCCAUGUUAUGUCAAAAUUCAAUUAUUUAAUUGUAACACAGGAUAUUGAAAUGCCUACAAUACAGAAUCACAAUGUCAAUACUGCUCAAGAAUAAAU